GGCACCACAGCACAGCUGUUUUCAGUGUAUGUUUUCGUCAAGCUCAAAGUUCUUACACAGCGAACCUCUUCUCAAUUUUUGUUGUAUUCUAAGUUUUUGAUGAUAUUUCUACUUCUCCGACACUUCUCCAGUUUGAGGUUUAUACUGGAAGAUGUUGUGUCACGUUAGCAAGCCAGACUGCGUAGUUUUUGAGGUCGAUGUUGACGAUAAAGCGAAAGGACAGGAAGUUUUAGACUGGGUAUGCAAGCAGCUAUCCAUAUUAGAAGUCGAUUACUUUGGGCUCCAGUACACUGGCCCUCGAGAGGAACAGCUAUGGUUGAACCUAAGAAAUAGAGUGAGCAAACAAGUGCAGGGAGCACCCCCUUACCGACUGAGACUGCGCGUGAAAUUCUUUGUUGAACCACAUCGCUUGUUGCAGGAAUCAACAAGGCACCAGUUUUACUUGCAUCUGCGUCAGGAUCUUAUGGCACACGACCGCUAUCUGCCCCUGGUUGGCAUUGAAGUCCUUAUACAGAUGGCAGCACUAAUCGUACAAGCUGCCACUGGUGACUGCAGUGCUGCUGCACACAAGGAAUACCUGCAGGUGGUGCCAAAUGCCACGGAAGACAUUAUAGAUAGGAUCGUAGCCUGUCAUUUGGACUUAGCUGGACUAGGUUCAAGCAGGUCUGAAUAUAAACUCCUUCAGUUGGCAUGGGACUGUGAAGUGUUUAGCUUGGAGUUUCAUCAGGUUACUCUAGAGGGUGGUGUCAUACGGCAGUUGGGGGUUAAAGCAGAUGGCCUCAACAUGUAUGACAAGAACUUCGAUUUCAUACAAAGAAUACCAUACACCAGCAUCGUUAGUGCAACACAAACAAAGUGCAACCUUUAUCUGGUCUGGAAAGGUGAUUCUGCACAAAAUCACUCGCUGCACUUCAAACUACCUACCCGGCGUGCUGCCAUAGCUCUCUACCGCUCUGUAACCGAACAUCACACAUUUUAUCGGUGUGACCGAGUGCACUAUAGUGUGAUGUCACAGUACAGUCGGGAUUUGAAAGGGACCCUGGCCUCAAUCUUCAAUGAAGAUACUCCAUUGGGGAAGGAGUACAAUUUUGAUGUGCGUCGCACGUGCAUAGAAGUGUAUGACCAGGUGAGAAGAGACCUGUAUCGACUGAGUGUAAAGGAUGCUGAAAUGGCAUCGCCUGAAUCUACACCUAAGCAUAAUGCCUGUGCCAACGACUCUACCUCUGAUGAAAGCACUCAGCAACUGAAGGAGUUGCAGGAUGCUCUGUCCUGCAGGGUGUGCAUGGACGAGGCGAUUUCAUGUGCCUUCUGCCCAUGUGGUCACGCUGUCUGCUGUGAUGCGUGCGCCGCACGUUGCCCGCAGUGCCCCAUCUGCCGCGCAGACACAGAGCGAACGCAGCACAUCUUCCUGCCUCUCCCAGCUGUCAGGCAUAGAAUCUGUGGGGAAACUUGCUCACAGUUGGACACAAACUAAAAGCUAUCCUGCGAUAAAAAGCCUAUGGGGUAUCGUUUACUAGGUUUACUUAAUAUUUUUGCAGCGAGUGGCAAGCGUUGCAAUUUUCAUGCCCGAGAUUAGUGAGUGACGUAAUUAAACAAAUCAUAUUAAAGAAAGUAAAACUGAUAUGAACUGAUGCAUCACAAUGGUUUGAUCGCCUAUAAAUUUCAGUAAAAUCUGAAGAAAAUAAAGCUUACCCAAAAUAGAAAAAGUAUAUGUGUAUAAAUACAUCAUAAUUGUGUUAGAUAUAAUAAUACAAAACAUGCUGUCUUGCUGAGGUGAUGUCUUCAAUAAGGUGUCCAGUGAUGUGACCUAUUAUCCUACCUUUUAUAUAUUACAGCAUAUAUAUGUAUAUUAUAUAUAUAUAUCUCCUGAUAUAUUAUAUAUCUACUAUUUUCCAACUAUAGCUUAAGUCUAUUUCUGUAAUGUAGUCGCAUUUUCUAUAGGGAGAUGGCAUUUUGAUAUUAGCAUAUAAAUAACUGGCAUAACUUGAACUUAUUAAUAUUAAUAUUAUUUAAUUAAAAUAAAAUUAACAACAGUUUCUUAGAUAUCACUGAUAUAUUGAUCUCAAAAUGCUGCUUUACUGCAUAAAACUGAUCUCAUGAUCUUCAUGUUUUAUAUCCCAUAUAUUGUUAGAUUUGUACACGUGUUGAUUUCUUCGAUGUAAUUCCAGUAAACAUGCAAAAUCACACUUCGGUCACUCCAUUUCAAAUGGGCAAAAUCCACAUACUCAUUCGUCUCGGAUUCACUCCAAAUUUUCCACAAUUAUUACAAAAACGGUAUGAAAUUCAAGCUCGGUAUUCCAAAUUGUUUAUGAGAUUUUGCCAUUUUUCUGAACAGGCUAUUAAAUUUUGCUUGACAAUCGGACUGCCAGUUUUUAGGCAAUUCAGUCUGCUAUAGAGAUAUACUUAUCUGAUCUUCAGGAUAAGGUACCAUCAUCCAUUCAUUAUUAUCAGUCAAUUGUUACUUGUGAUUUUCAAGGUAUAAAUAGUUUAAGAGCUAAAAUUUCACAUUGUUUAAAUUAAACAUUUGAAGUUGGAAGAAUGUAUACUAGAAUUAAUACUAGAAUGUAAUUUUUAAAAUAUUUGUUGAUUUGAAAUGGGUUGACCCAUAUACUAUGGAUCUAUUAUAUUUGUUAAAUAGUAAGACAUUUUGGGAGUACAUAUAAACUUAUCUUGUCACCUGCUAAUUUAGCCCCUCAGUGAUCUCGCACUGUCAUUUAGAUCUGCCGGCAGAUCAUUUGAUAUUUCCUAAAAAAAAUUGCUGGAGGUGCAACUGUUGCACAGAAUUUCUUUGACAACCAUAUUUAAUUGACAAGAAAUGGAGUGAUUGAUUCAGUGAUCAAUACUUUAAUCCACGUAUGAAUAGAUACUAACAAACCUGCAAUCACACGUGUACCUAUCGCAAUUAGCAGGCUACCAAUUGAUGUUUUACUCGAUCUUGUGUGUAAUUUGUCAUGAUAUUAUAGCUAGAUAUUCAUGCGAUGUUCAUGUUCACGGUGUAAGUGUGAACGUAUUUCUGCCAGGAAAUUGUUCAGAAAACGUAUACAGUUGCUCAGGGUAGUAUUGAAAUUUGUAAAUAAUGGCAAGUCAAGUGUCUGCGGAUUGUCAUAUUUCUGCUGGUGGAGUGGCUAUGGAGGAUAGGCAGAGUACAGUGGUGACUAGAGUAGAUCAGCGAUCUAACUGCAACAAAAAUGAUGGGGGCCGGGGUAGGGCACAUUCAAUGCAAUAUGGAUUGUCCUUUGACAGGAUUCCCAAUGUAUAUUUUUAUUGUAAUUGUAGUUUUUUAUUCGGCUAUAUUUAACAUUUACCCCUGUAUUUUAAUGUGCUAACGUGCAUUGUUGAGUAGCAGAAACACGUUUUCCAAAUCAUAAGCAAUCAGUUGUCAACCAGUUUGAGAUUCUAGAAGUUGGCAAGGUCAUUUGUAUUUCUGCUGGUCAGACAAAACUGAAAAAUGACAGAAAAGUUGGUGUGCAGUGUCGUUAACAAAACAUCAGUUAAACCGUUAGUGGCUGCGUAAUAUUGAUGAACGUCAUUAUUAUGUGUAUGUCUUGAAAUCAGUAAUCUGUAAUGUUGAGCAACCAAUUAUGCCAAUAAUAUUUGCCCGAUUAAUGCAGAAUUGUAAGAAAUAGUAAUGCUAGGAUUAAGAAAAACUUUAGUUACUUUUGAUAGUACGACUAGUGAAUUAUAUUAAUGUUAUUACAUGGAUACUGUUCUUACAGCCCAUAUAUGAUUGAAAUUUGUCAAGGACGAGGUGCAGAGUUGUGAGCCAUUUUACCUUCACUCGCAAAUGUAGGCCUACUAUGAUUUUUUAUUUAGGCAUAGUUUGAGUGUUUCUGUUUGUUGGACCUCGGUGUCAAAUUUAGAGUGUUUACGCACAGUUAACAAGCUUAUUGCUUAAGUUCUAUAAUAUCAAACACUUUGUUGUUUUUCUCAACCUUAUAGCAAUGUCCUUGAUCACUGCUAACUAAUUCUACCACCAAGUCAUCAUUUUCUGGAUUUCUUAAUCCAUAAGUGAUAAUAAAGUGAUAAUACUGAUAAUAUAAGUGGUGUAGUCCAAAGAUACACAUGAGAGGGGAUCAAGAUUACUGGCAUCUUUAAUAUUCUGCCCAUUGAUCUAAUCAUGUGUGUAUGGGUUGUUUGGCCAUGUAGUAUGCGUUUAUGCGACCUGUUUAAUGUGAGAUAGGAAUGCAAAUAUUUUUUGUGUUAGUGCAGACUUACUUCAUCAUCAAGGAGUUAAAUAUCAAAGUAAUUGAAGCUAUAUCAUUGAAGACUAUAUUAAACUGAAAGCUAUAUAAAGUGUGAAUGCUGCAUAUAGCUAUAAUUAUUGGUGCUAGCCUAUAUGACAUGAAUCUCAUGUCAAUCAUAGUAAACUGUAUAUGUACUAGUAUUUUUAAUUUAAGAAAAUUCUUGAUGGUUUUGAUAAGUUUGUGCCUAGUUCUUUCGUUGGGUAUACCUAGACUUUAUUGAUACCUUAGUAGUGACACUUGAAACACUGGUUUCAGGUUACACAAGCUCAAUAGCAUAACCAUAGCUAUAUAGUGUAUUGAUGAUAAGCUAUGUUUGACAUACACCACUUGUGCUUUAUUGCAUUGGAAGAGAAUUGUUAAUUAUGUCUAACACAGCCUGGAACCUCUGAGAAUAGCUAGCAUACUUGCUUUUGUGCAGAGCCAUUUAACACCAAAGAAAAUAUCAUAAAUAUCAUGAAUAUUCAUUUCCAAAAAUUCAUUUAAUUGACUUGCUUACAUUUCUUUUAAAGUUAUUAUGUCAGAUGUAUAAAACUUGUACAGUAUAUAUUUUGCGUAAUUAUAAAACUGUUCUUAAGGCA